GCAACUCCAGAGCUGACAGUGGGCUCGAGAAGGGGAAGCAGGAGAGCGCUGCCCCGCGGAAAUCCAUGGAGGAAGUGGCCACAGGCAAAGGCAAAGUGACGGACCCGGAGAGGAGCGGGCUCCUCCAGAAAAUACUUUCCCUUGAGAAAGAAAAAGAAAAAUACAACCAUCUUCUUGGAGAGAAGGACAGAGAAAUCCAAAACCUGAAAGACAAGCUUAGGUCCAAAACCAAGAAUAGUGAAGUCUCCUUACUACAAAAUCAACUAGAGGAAAAAGUAAAGGAAGCAGAAAGGAGAGAGCGGUUACUUUGUUCUCUUUCAGAAGAAAUUAACCGGUUAAAAUGUAAUUUAUCUGCAGUCAUGGAAAAAUGCUCUGAUCUUGAGAACAAAGCCAGUAGUUCUUCUCAGGCAUCCCAGGAAGCUGCAACAGACAGCACUGAAAUUGAAAGACAAUUGAAAGAUGCUCUUGAGAAAAACCAGCAGUGGCUACUGUAUGACCAGCAACGGGAAGCAUAUGUCAGGGGAUUGCUUGGAAGGAUCUUUGAACUUGAACAGAAGGCAGAAAUAGUUAGCCAGCAAGAAUCUAAAUCAAAUUCAGAAGGUCAUCACCAAGAGGAAAAGCAGGAAUACUAUGACAAGCUGUUACUCACUGCUAAGAGUAAUCCUAAGGCUGAAAGACGCACUAUAACCCAGCUGAGAUCUGAACUUGAUGAACUUAAAAAGACAUACGAAGAAACACAAGGGGAAAUGAUGACUUUAAGUGCCUUAUUGCAGUCACAACGGGUUGCUGAAAUGAAGACUCAAGAAAAUGAAAAUAAAAUGAAAGAGAAAGUACAAAGACUAAAACAAGAAAAUGAAGCUAUCAAAGAACAGCUCAGAGAAGAAAAAGAAAAGUCUGAAGAUCUUUUAUGUCAGGUGCAACUUCUCCGUAAAUCAUUGCUCAGACAGGAGGCAGAACACACAAGAAUAACUUUGUUGGAACAACAGAUCCAGAUAUGCACCACAGACUUAGAGAAUGGGAAGCUUGAUCGCCAGAACUUGAAGCAUGAGUUAAACCAUGUUCUCAAAGAGUUGCGCAAGGCCAAGGAGAAAAUAACUCGUCUGGAACCUCUGAAACUCCGGGAACCUGUACAUACGGGAUCACAGGAAGAUUUGCAAGCUGUAUUUGACAAGAAGCUGACCACAUAUGACAGAAGUCCUCCCCUGAAACACUCCAGCUGCCUUGAUGAAAGUUUUCUCGAGUGUCCCAAGUGUAAAGUGUCAUAUCCAACGAGCCAGCAUAGAGAAUUACUAGCACACAUUGACUUCUGUACAGCUUGAGCUCCAAAUGGACAUAUUAUCUUUGCUUCAUAUAUGCAGCCAAUAUGCUUGGCAAAAGGCCUUUCUUUUAAAGCUUUUUUCUUUCAGUUGUAUGAACUACUGCUGAUUUUAUAAUUCAGUUCCACAAAAAGAGUAUUAACAUUAUCA